AUGAAAGAAAUUAUAAAGAAACUGAUUCAUGUAGGAUUAGAAAAUUCCACAUACAUGGCUUGGCUGAUGCUUGGAGUUAAACAAGAAAUCAACAACAUCCUGGCUUGCAUAAGAAAGUGUAGCCAUCAGGGCUAGGGAGGUGAUCAUCCCCCUGUACUCGGCUCUGGUGAGGCCGCACCUCAAGUACUGUGUUCAGCUUUGGGCCCCUCGCUACAGAAGGACAUGGAGGUGCUUGAGCGAGUCCAGAGAAGGGCGACGAAGCUGGUGAAGGGCCUGGAGAACAAGUCCUACGAGGAGCAGCUGAGGGAGUUGGGAUUGUUCAUUCUGGAGAAAAGGAGGCUCAGAGGCGACAUCGCUCUCUACAGGUACCUUAUAGGAGGCUGUAGUGAGGUGGGGGUUGGUCUGUUCUCCCACGUGCCUGGUGACAGGACGAGGGGGAAUGGGCUUAAGUUGCGCCAGGGGAGUUUUAGGUUGGAUCUUAGGAAGAACUUCUUUACCGAAAGGGUUGUUAGACAUUGGAACGGGCUGCCCAGGGAAGUGGUUGAGUCACCAUCCCUGGAGGUCUUUCAAAGACGUUUAGAUGUAGAGCUUAGGGAUAUGGUUUAG